AUGCUGUGGCAAACGUUGCAUAAUGCAUUCGAUAGUAACAAGGUCAUCAGUUUCGGAAAUUCAUUCGUCGAUACAUCCAAGAUCGCGUCUCCCAUCCCGACGGUCAGCUUGAAAGAUGCGAUCUUGGAAGCAGAAUCGACACUCGGUGGUGCCCAUAACGGUAUUCAGCCCAUGCUCCGAUACCUUGCACGGCCCGACGGCUCUGUGGCUCUCGUGCGCGCUAUUCAAGUCCAGAACAGUACCAUCUUUAUUGUGGCCUAUGUUGAUGCGCAUUCGGGAAAGGUCAUCUCAAUUAACAAUUUCGUUGCUGAUACGACAUUCAGAGUCCUUCCGAUAGAGAAGAAGACAAUUUCUGAUGGUCUCGAACUGCUCAAAAACCCGGAAGGUCUCGACACAUCCCCCGUAGGAUGGAACAGUAUUGGAGAAAAUCACGUCUUGACCACGGAUACCGUUGGAAACAACGUCAUUGCUUUCAAGGUCCUAAGCAAUGAUGGGUCCACAGCAAAAACGACUACUGGUCAGAUCAAGGACGGUCAGCUUACUUUUGACUUCACCUACGAUCAGACUAAGGAUCCUACCGACCCUGGCAACGAUGAUGCUGCCCGUACCAACGCAUUCUACGUUGCUAAUGAAUUUCACGACAUCCUUUACCGAUACGGAUUCACCGAGCAAGCGUUCAACUUUCAGUCUGACAACUUUGGAAAGGGUGGCCAAGCGAACGACCCCGUUCAGAUAUCCGUCCAGGAUCCUUCCGGUUUCAACAACGCCAACUUUUUCACACCCCCUGAUGGUCAACCUGGUAUAUGUCGUCUUUUCAUCUUCGACCAAACCAAUGUUAGGCAGGACAGUGCAAUGGAAAACAGCAUCCCAAUUCAUGAAUUGACCCAUGGAGUUACUACACGUAUGACUGGAGGUGGGACUGCUGUUUGCUUGUCAUCGCUCGAGGCUCGCAUCAGGAACUUACCAAUUUGGUGGUGGGGACUUUUUACGGCUUUUUGGGGCUUGUACAAGCCAACAAGUCGCCAGCCACCAGUCAUGUCUGAUUCCCGACCAGCUCCAUUUUGCUCGGGUCCGUCCGCCAAGAUUUUCUGGUCAACAUACAUUUUUGAGAUAACCUCCGCUGCUGGGGGUCCUUGGUGA